GUUUAGAGUCUGGUUUCCAGGUUAAUGUUUCGUCUGUCUGGGUCACGGUGUGGGUGGUUACUGAAAGUGAAAUCGGCUAUACCAUGUCGGCUUUCGAGAAGCCUCAGAUCAUCGCCCAUAUCCAGAAGGGCCUCUGCUACACGGUGUUUGACUGUAAGUGGGUGCCCUGCAGCGCCAAGUUUGUGACCAUGGGCAACUUCGCACGGGGAACCGGCGUAAUUCAGCUGUACGAGAUCCAGCACGGGGACCUGAAGCUGCUUCGGGAGAUUGAAAAGGCCAAACCCAUUAAAUGUGGAACAUUUGGUGCAGCAUCUUUACAGCAGAGAUACUUAGCUACUGGAGAUUUUGGUGGAAACCUUCAUAUAUGGAAUUUGGAAGCUCCAGAGAUGCCAGUAUAUUCUGUAAAGGGCCAUAAAGAAAUUAUAAAUACUAUAGAUGGUAUUGGAGGGCUAGGAGUCGGGGAAGGAGCCCCUGAAAUUGUGACUGGCAGCCGAGAUGGAACUGUGAAGGUGUGGGACCCAAGGCAAAAAGAUGAUCCUGUUGCCAAUAUGGAACCUGUAAAAGGAGAAAACAAGAGAGACUGUUGGACUGUGGCAUUUGGCAAUGCUUAUAAUCAAGAAGAACGUGUCGUUUGUGCUGGCUAUGAUAAUGGGGAUAUCAAACUGUUUGAUCUCAGAAAUAUGUCAUUGCGGUGGGAAACAAACAUAAAAAAUGGGGUAUGUAGCUUGGAGUUUGACAGAAAAGACAUAAGUAUGAAUAAGUUAGUAGCUACGUCUUUGGAAGGAAAGUUUCAUGUUUUUGACAUGAGAACACAACAUCCUACCAAAGGUUUUGCCUCUGUUUCAGAAAAGGCUCAUAAAUCCACUGUGUGGCAAGUCCGACACUUGCCACAGAACAGAGAACUCUUUCUGACAGCUGGAGGUGCUGGCAGCCUUCAUCUCUGGAAGUAUGAGUACCCUAUUCAGAGGUCAAAGAAAGAUCCCGAGGGAGUGGAGAUGGGAGUUGCAGGUUCUGUCAGUCUUCUGCAGAAUGUUACUCUGUCUACCCAGCCCAUUUCAAGCUUGGACUGGAGUCCGGACAAAAGGGGGCUUUGCGUCUGUACUUCAUUUGACCAGAUGGUGAGAGUGCUGAUUGUUACCAAACUCCAGACAAUUUGACCUGAAGACUUUGGACUUGAAAAUUUCCAGAGGGACACUUACAGAAUUUAGGAUAUAUUUUGGGGUCCUGUGACCUUCAUUGAACGAAGUUAGAUUUUGAUGAACAAAGGCCCCAGACAUAAACCUCGAGGCCAGUCUUUCUCCAGGUUAUGUUUGGUGACCUGACUGGACAUAGCCUGCUGCUGUGUAUGAUGAGACCAUGUCUCUAGGACCAGCUGUUUUCCUCUACCCUCCAUUUUAAAUACAAAGUCAGGAGCCAGAUGUAGUGGUGUAGACCUGUAGUUCCAGCUCUUCAGGAGACAGGAUGGAGGAUCCCACAAGUUUGAAAACAGGCUGGACAACUCAGUGAGACCCUGUAUCAAAACGCAUGCAUACAUACAUAUAUACAUACAUACAUACAUACAUAUAUACAUACAAUAAAAUAAGCCAAAGUACAUAGUUCUUGAUAUUUAAACAUUUUAAAUUUGUUCUCUAUCCCCAGAGUUCCAAAUUUUAUCUUUACACUAAUGUUGCAUUUUAGUGUUUGUAAUGUUGUGGUUGAAAUCACUUCUUUUUAUUUAGUUUGCCUUAGAAAAACUGUCAACCUUCAUUAAAACAUUUUGAGAGAUUUCAGUGUAAGUUUCUGUUCAGAUAAUUAUUUUAUAAAGUACAAAAAUGGCACUGUCAGACUGGAUUUAUGUAAUUUUUAAGCGGUAUAACUCAAAAAGAAAUACCAUGAUUUAGAAAGAAAUCUUUUGUACUUAAAAUACAGGAGUUGGGCUGGGGAUUUAGCCCAGUGGUUCUGCCACCUGCAUCACUAGCACAAGGUCCUGAGUUCGAUCCCUGGUCCCCCCCGCAAAAAAAAACCCAACUAAAAUACAGGAGUUGAAUUGGUGAAACGGUUGUUGACUGUAGUAAAUGAUGAUGAGAUGUAGAAGAUUGUGGGAUUUUGUAGCCUUAUUUUUUUUUGUCUAACCUUAAAAUAUAU